UGUAGGUUAUGCUUCAGAUUUCUGUAAGUUGUUUGUUUUUAGUGCUGAUGAAGUCUGAAAAACUAAAAUGACACAGCGAUUUUUGAUUAUAAUAUUAUUCGCAUCUUUUUUUAUCACUGGCUAGUAUAUACGGUGGUGUUAUCAAUAUUAACUCACCACUAAUUGUUAAAAUUCUAUUCCAAGUACAAAAUGAAGAUACAAUUCUUAUGUAUUUUUGUCCUAGUAUUUACCAGGAUUAUAAAGGGUGCCAGAGAUUGCAUUAAACUAGACGUUUCAAUAACUCAGAAGGUUGAAAACUUGGGAUUUCAUAGAGAUGUACACUGGUUAAUAAAAACCAAUGAUUUGAAUAAAGAGAAGUGGCUAAAUAGCUCCUGCAAUGCUGCAUUGAGACUAGAUGUCGGUUCCGGUAUGUAUGUCAACCCUGACCAAGCAGAAGACUUAAAAAGAUUGGGGAAGAUAAAUAUUGUUGUUGACGGCUUUGUUGAUGUUGAAGCCCCUGCCCAUGAAGCUACAAAGCAUACUGUAUAUAUUUUCUUGAAUAAAUCUGAGCUACUUGAUAAGAUAAUUAUAAAACUACCCAUUCACUUAAGAUACCACAGAAGUUUAAUGGGAGGCCAUGCAAAAGUUAAGCUCACUAGGCCACUUUUCCUAAUAAGUUGUCUAGAAAACAAUAUAAUUUGUGGAAAAGGCAAAAAGGUUACAGCUCCAACCAGUGCAGAAGAACCAGGAGUACCAAAAGUGUGGAAAAAUAUCACCUAUAAAGCAGACUUUGAAGAGCCCGAGCUGCUGGUUCCUAUAGGAAAUUUAGAUGAUUACCCUUGUGUUGCCAUUAUUUCAUGUAUAUUGGGCUGUGCCGGUUGCAUUUAUAUUUUGUCGUUAACUUACAACCAAAACUAUUAUAGAGAAAAAAAACAGUAACAAUUUUAAUGUUACAAGUUAAGCUGCUAACUAUUGAUUUAAAAAAAUCCUUACAUACUGA